AGAGGUCACGCGGGGCGGGAGAUGAUGGCGGCGGCGGCGGAGCGGCCGCGGGGCGGUGUGAAGGCGAGAUCCAGCCGGAGACGCGCAGGAAAUAAACUAUCAAGUAUUUUGAAAAAUGAAGAUGUAGCACAAAGGAGGGCAGCACUUGAGGCUGCUAUUAGAAAGAAGUUUGAAUAUGAGAAAAAAGCUCUGCGUAUUGUUGAACAGCUAUUGGAGGAAGAUAUUACAGAAGAGUUCCUUGUGAAUUGCGGAAAUUUUAUUACCCCAUCUCACUAUAAGGAUGCUGUCGAGGAGCGUUUUAUCAUCAGACUCUGUGGCUAUCCCUUGUGUCGAAAUAGGCUAAAAAAUGUGCCAAAACAGAAAUACAGAGUUUCAACAAAAACAAACAAAGUUUAUGAUAUUACAGAAAGAAAGUGUUUUUGCAGCAAUUUUUGUUACAGAGCAUCUAAAUAUUUUGAAGCUCAGAUUCCCAAAAGUCCAGUGUGGAUGCGAGAAGAAGAAAGACCACCAGAUAUAGAACUGCUGAAGGAGGGGCAAAGCAUUUGGCCAUUAGGGGGCAAACUCACAUAUUCCUGCAGAAACAAUGGCCGGUCUGGGGAAGAAGUAAAACUACAUGAUGAAGUCAUUAAAGUCUCGGAUAUUGAAAAUCCUAAGACGUCAGCAAGCCAGUGUGACUCUGGUUCCCAUAGCACAUACAGUGACAGCAGCAGUGAUACUGAACAAGAAUUUGUUUCCUCUAUUCUACCAGAAAAUCGAUCAAAUGCAACCAGUCUGGUGCAACCAUUGCACAAAAAAAGUAUACUCAAAAAGAAGCCUAUUCAAAAUAUAAACUCCACGCAUAGAGAUGGAGACCAUAGAGUGAUAAAUGUCACCGAACAAUUGAGUGAGUGCAAAUUAGAUAUCCAGGAAAAAAAGAGUUCUUGUUCUGUUACUGACAUUUCUUCAGACACUAUUGUAUUGGAAAACUUAAAAAAUCCAGAAAACUAUGAAAGUAGGUGUAAUGGUUCACAAGUAGUUUUGCUAGGUGUGAGCAAAAAGGGGGCAGAACAACUCAAAAAAAUACUUGCUAAAUCAAAGCAGCAUAUCAAACCUGAAAUGAGUGCACCACUUGAUUCCCAUACUGCUACACGUAAUGUGUUAGAUGUGCUUAAGCAGACAUUUAUUGAAUGGAGGACUGAAGAAACUUACAAGUUUCUUUGUGGUUCCAGCUAUGCUACUGUACACUUACCAGAACACACAUCCGCUGUCAACUGUGAGAAAGAAGAACUUGAUGAGGAUGACUUAGAAACAGCAGAUGACCUUAAUGACACUGCUGCUGCUACAAGGGAAUCUAAAAACAGUUUGAACCAGUCUUUGCCUUUUGGGGGCACAGGUGCAACAGUUAAACCUUUGCCUAGCUAUGAAAAACUAAAAGAAGAAACAGAACUAUUAGGACUAAAAGUAAAGGAAUUCUAUAAAGGAAAAUGCCUCUUGUCUGAAGAAGCAACAACACAGGCGGAAGGAGCGGAGCAUCCUAGCAGUGUUAAAGAUGAUCAGCAGGGUGAUCCCAUCCUCCCGCUUGUAGAUUCUCAUGCCCAAAUGCAGAUUCGAAAGCAGAUAGUUCUUGAAAAAUUGAGAAAAGUAUUGCCUGCAGUUUUGGGCCCUCUUCAGAUUACACUAGGUGAUGUUUACAUGGAACUGAAAAAUCUUGUGAAAACUUUCAGGUUAACAAAUACAAAUAUUAUUCACAAAAUUCCAGAAUGGACCCUAAUUGCUGUUGUGUUGUUAUCAGUGUUGUCACAGAUUAUUCCAGUCUUUGCAAAUUCUCAACAGAGUCCAGUAUAUACACAGUUCCUGUCCACAUUACUUGAAGAAUUGCAUUUCACUAAAGAAGAUCUUGAAAGUUUAACAAGAAUAUUUAGACAUGGCAGCAUGCCUGAAUGAAUGAUGAUGAUCUCAAACCUCUUCUUUUGCACCUGAAGUCGGUAUUGAAGUAUUGCUAUAGUGAACAAUAUUUUUUUCUUUUUAGAGUUGAAAUUAAGCAUUUUACUUUGCAUCCUGUACUUUCACGUCUGUUUCUUAUGAAGGUGUUCUUAAAUCUUUUUGGACAAGCUAAGUAGCACAGCUUUAGCUCAAGUUAUAGAUGAAGCUAAAAUAAGUUUUUAUAUGCUCUUAAAAUUGUCUGAGGAAAAAGUAGUAAGGAUCUCCAUUUUUUGUUUCAUUGCUAAAUCUUAAGGCAAACUGUGCCCACAAGAUUAGGGGAAAGAAAGAAAGAAAGAAAGAAAGAAAGAAAGAAGACGGAGCAUGUAACAGUCUCAUGGAAGGCAGGAUACCAUUACUGGCAUCUUUUCUGCUGUUUUCCUGCAUUCAGCAGCUUUCUCCAGCAGAAUGCUGAGAAGAGUAGCAAAAAUUUCUGAUCUACAGCCACCUCACCCACCCCCCAGUGGCUUGUAUAUCUAUUUUUGCUACUUAUGAAGAUUGGUUUGGGUUAGAAUUUCUGUAACAUUUGAGAAUUUAAAACUGAUUGUGUAGCUGUUCAUAGUUUGGCUUGCAAGAAAUUCAUGGUUUAUUUUUGAAUAAUUAAAAAGACCUCAUUUGAGCUUUAUUUCAAUAGUUAUUAAAUUUGCUUUGUGAUUGAUGCACUGUUUAGCUUUCCAGACCAAGACCAUUAUGACAUGCUCACAGUGUUAAGCCGAUUAAUAAACAUGCUUUGAAACCAAA